AUGUUUUUCCGUAUUCUCCCCUCUCUCUUCUACUCCUACGUAUCGUCGUUAUCACAACAACAACAAUUAUCACAACAACAACAACAACAACAACAACAAAAGAGUAAUAAUAACUUUCCUUUGCCUCCUCAACUGUGCAUUGCGCUCGUGUUUCUUCUCAUCGACGCUCUGAAAUUUGUUUUCCACGAGAAAACGGGCGAAAUUUGGUCGUUACAGAGAAGAAUAAAAACUUUAAACAACACGAUCGGAAGAGAAGCAGACGAGAAACGAAAAGAGGAGCUGAGGAAGAAAGAGAAAGAGUUGCUGACCAAACGAACGCCGUUGAUGCGAAAACUAAUGAGCUUUGGACACUAUCUCUCGUGGUUAAAGUUUCUCAUCUCCUCAGCCUUCAUAAAGAAUUUCUUCGGUGUGCCUCUCUUCGAGGUGCCGAGAGUUUUAGUCUGGCCAUUGGGAAGAUUUUUAGCGUUUCCUCACGGUAACACCUUUGAGUUUGGCCAAAUAGCGGUCAUUCCGUGGGUGUGUCUCUCCAGCGUGUGUAGCGUACAACUGACGAACGUGUUGUUGGGACCGUUUAUUCUUAUGUGCUGCUCUUCUUCUUUGGUCGUUUUUGGUCGUCGGCGCCGAAGAGAUUUGACUUUGUAG